AUGGUGGUGGUGAUAGAUUCUCGAGCCGAUAUGGGUCAAGAGAGGAUUCUCAUGAAAAAGUUGAAAAAAUACCACAUCGGAAUACUCGUUCUCUCCGUCCUUGGCGUCAUUCUCCUUCUCUGGGCUAUAAUUGCUACGGUCUACAAUUUCACUGAAAACAGAUACACGGAGCAUGUGGUCCUUGAGCCGAAGUCGAAAUCUGCAAAGUACAAAAAUGCAGCAGCAGUGGCGGAUUCACGGUUUUGUGCGGAGAUAGCGAGGAAUGUAAUUAUCCAAGGAGGAAACGCUGUGGACGCUGCAAUUGCUGCUACAUUCUGUAACGGAGUAGUCCUUCCAUACGCAACAGGAAUUGGUGGUGGAGAUUUUAUUGUGAUCUACUUAAAAGAAGAAAAGAAAUGUGACUUCCUCAACUCCCGUGAAACCGCUCCAUCCCUAGCCACUGAAAGCAUGUACACCCAUGACAAGGAAUCCGCUCAAUUCGGAUACCAAUCCAUCGGUAUCCCAGGAGAACUUCAUGGAUUAUGGACUGCCUAUAAGAAGUAUGGCUCGAAAGUGAUCCCAUGGUCAGAUCUAGUCAUGCCAGCUGCUCAACUAGCCAAGGGAUUCCCAAUGCAUAAGGCGAUGGUCAAUUAUUUCGAUCGGAUUUCGAAAUAUAAGGGAAGACCGGAAAUAGAGGCAUUGAGGAGUUUGUAUACAUCGAAGUUUACUGGAGAAUUCUAUAAAGUUGGGGAAAUUGUGUCGAAUUAUCCAUUGGCUAAGCUGCUAAGAGUUAUUGCGAACUCACAGGAUCCGGUGCAGUUGUUUUAUAAUGGCUCAAUAGCUGAAGGAAUCAUCAAGGAGAUGAUUGCAAAUGGAGGAAUCAUUACGAUUGAUGACUUGAGGAACUAUGAGACACAUGUUACAGAAACCCUCUACGCUGACCUUGGAAAAUACAGAAUGUGUGGACCGCCACCUCCGUCGUCAUGGACAAUUACUCAAGCUAUUCCGAGGAUUGUGGAGACACCGGCAGUUCUGGACAGUGGAACUUCCCAAAUCAGUGUGGUGGAUGAUGAUGGAAAUGCGGUUUCACUCACUUCUUCUAUUAAUACAGCGUAA